AUUUAAUAAACUUUAUUUCUUAUUGAAAUGCCAUCAGCCUAAACCAUGAAAUUGAGAAAUAAAAUUAAUAGAAACAAUGUCCACAAAUAAGGCAAGGUACCAAAGUCUCUGAUGAAAACUGAGGAAGCUGCAGCCAUGGGUCCUAUUCUCCUAGGAGUGUUUCUUUUUGUGGUUGUUGGAUCAGCGAUCUUCUAAAUUUUGAAUGUCUUAUCUAAUGGUAAUGAGGUGUGAUUUCGCGAGUGAUAAUAUAAAUUGUUUAUUUAUAAAUUAACAAACAAACAAUAGAACCCAUAGAAAUGUAUAUAUGAUCCCCAUCCAAGUAUACAUGAAGACACAGUAACACCAUUAGAUCAAUUGUCUACAUUUCAUAAUGGAAUCUUCUAGUAGAAUUGAAAAGAGAUUAACAAGUAGAACAAGUGUAAAUCACAAUUAAUUCUCGUUUGAAAUUGAUAGAUAUAGAAAUGAUAUGUUAAGAAAUAUUAGCGUGAAUAAUAGUUCACUCUAAAUAUAAUAAUUAGAAAAAGUAUUUAGAAGAACACUAUAAAAUCAAAAUUCUGUUUAUAUCAAAGGAUAAUAUAGACAUCUGAAACAAUUCACUCAAAUAAUAUUUAUUAAACCUUUAGUCUUUAUUACUAUAAAGCUUAAGAUCAAAUAUAUACCUAUGUAGGAUCAAUUAACUAAGAUAGUAACAUAAGUCCAGUCAGUUGAGGAAGCAGAAGGAUGA